AUGGCACUUCAAUUGGCGGACAGGUCUCUUAAAUAUCCUUAUGGAGUAGUUGAAGGUGUACUGGUCAAGGUAGACAAAUUUGUUUUUCCAGUGGAUUUUGUUAUCAUGGAGAUGGAGGAAAAUGGAUAUGUACCUCUCAUUCUGGGGAGACCAUUUAUGAAGACUGCUAGAGUUUUAAUUGAUGUGGAGAAUGGUAAGCUCAAAUUGAGUGUUCAAGAUGAAGAAGUAAAUUUCGAUGUAUUUAAAGCCACGACACAUCCAAAAGAUGACAAAGCAUGUUUUCAAUUUGAUAUACUUGAUGAAGUUUGCAUGGUGCAAGAAAGGAUGGUACGUUAUUCUUCUCCAUUAGAGAAAAUUCUUAUUGAUGCUUGUGAAGAUUUAAAUGAAGAAGAAGAAAAAUUGAUUGAUGAAUGUAUGAUGGAUUUGGAGACAUUAAAGGAGAUUCCAGUGGAAAAUGCUAAGUUUGAAACAAUUGACACCAAAGAGGAAGUUAAAGCAAAGAAGUUAGAAUUAAAAAUGCUACCAUCACAUUUAAAGUAUGUUUUUCGAAAAGAUGGAACAAAGCCAGUCACCAUCAGUAAUUCUUUGCUUCCUGAAGAAGAAGAAAAGUUGGUAGAAAUAUUGAAAGCCAACAAAGAAGCUAUUGGGUGGUCAAUUUCAGAUCUUAAAGGUAUAAGUCUAACUUAUUGCAUGCACAGGAUCUUUAUGGAAGAUGAUUAUAAACCGAGUGCUCAACCACAAAAAAGAUUAAAUCCUGUCAUGAAGGAGGUGGUUAGAAAAGAAGUAUUGAAGCUCUUGGAAGCUAACAUUAUUUAUCCAAUCUCUGACAGUGAAUGGGUAAAUCCAGUACAGGUAAUUCCAAAGAAAAGUGGAAUGACAAUAAUCCAUAAUGAGAAGAAUGAGCUCAUUCCUACUUGGACUGUUAUUGGAUGGCGAAUGUGCAUUGAUUAUAGAAAAUUGAAUAAAGCUACCAGGAAGGAUCAUUUUCCUCUUCCUUUCAUGGAUCAAAUGCUGGAGAGAUUGACAGGUCAGUCUUUUUAUUGUUUUCUGGAUGGAUAUUCUGGUUACAAUCAAAUUGUGGUAGACCCAAAAGAUCAAGAAAAGAUUGCAUUUACACGUCCUUUUGGUGUUUUUGCUUAUAGAAAGAUGCCAUUUGGAUUAUGUAAUGCCUCAGCCAUAUUUCAAAGGUGUAUGCAGGCAAUUUUUUCAGAUCUCAUGGAAAAGUGCAUUGAAGUUUUCAUGGAUGAUUUCUCUGUCUUUGGAGAUUCCUUUCAUAAGUGUUUGAUGAAUCUGGAUACUGUUCUCAAAAGAUUAGACAAAGCUAAAGUAGAGGUUAUUGAGAAACUUCCUCCACCAACAAAUGUGAAGGAAAUCAGAAGCUUCUUAGGCCAUGCGGGAUUCUAUAGAAGAUUUAUUAAAGAUUUCUCAAAAAUUGCAAAACCAUUGAGUAAUUUGUUGGUUAAAGAUAUACCUUUUGUGAUGAAUGAUGAAUGUUUGAAAGCUUUUGAUACAUUGAAAAGCAGAUUGAUUUCGACCCCAGUGAUUAUAGCCCCAUAUUGGAAUCAAAAUUUUGAAUUAAUGUGUGAUGCUAGUGAUUAUGCAAUAGGAGUUGUCCUUGGUCAGAGAAAAGGGAAGGUAUUUCAUACUAUCUAUUAUGCUAGCAAAGUGUUGAAUGAUGCCCAGUUAAAUUAUGCUACCACUGAGAAGGAGUUUCUAGCCAUAGUUUAUGCUUUAGAGAAAUUCAGAUCUUAUCUCAUAGGGUCUAAGGUGAUUAUCUACACAGAUCAUUCAGCUAUAAAAUAUUUGUUGAGAAAGCCAGAUUCUAAACCGCGUCUGAUUAGAUGGGUGUUACUACUAUAAGAGUUUGAUGGAAUCCGUGAUAAAAAGGGGAGUGAAAAUUUGAUUGCUGAUCAGUUAUCCCGGCUAGUUAAUACUGAAGUUACUAGCAAAGAAACAGAAAUCUGGGAAUCUUUUUCGGAUGAAACACUCAUGUAUAUUCAAAAGAGGUCGUGGUUUGCUGAUUUGACAAAUUUUAAAGUUGUAGGAGUAAUUCCAGAAGAUCUUAAUUGGCAACAAAGAAAGAAAUUUAUGCUUGAUGCCAAGUAGUUUAUUUGGGAUGACCCUUACUUAUUUAAAAUAGGAGCAGAUAAUCUCUUGAGGCGAUGUUUUACCAAUGAAGAAGCAAGGAAUUCUCUAGCAUUGAAUUGUGACAGGUGUCAACGAACUGGAAAUAUUUCAAGACGUCAUGAAAUGCCAUUACAAGGCAUUCUAAAAGUUGAAGUCUUUGAUUGCUGGGGCAUUGAUUUUGUAGGACCAUUUCCACCAUCUUUCAACAAUGAAUACAUUUUGGUGGCGGUAGAUUAUGUGAGUAAAUGGGUAGAAGCAUUGGCGUGUCCUAAAAAUGAUGCAAGCACUAUGAUUAAAUUUCUAAAGAAGAAAAUAUUUGCACGCUUUGGAACUCCUAGAGUACUCAUUAGUGAUGGAGGAUCUCAUUUUUGUAAUUAUCAGCUUUCUAAGGUACUCAAACAUUAUGGUGUGAGACAUAAGGUAGCUUCACCUUAUCAUCCACAGACUAAUGGGCAAGCUGAAGUAUCUAACAGAGAAAUCAAGCGAAUAUUGGAGAAAACAGUUGCUAUGUCAAGAAAGGAUUGGUCACAUAAACUUGAUGAUGCUCUCUGGGCAUACAGGACUGCAAUGAAGACAUUUAUGGGUUUAUCACCUUAUCAGCUUGUCUAUGGGAAAGCAUGUCAUUUACCAGUGGAGAUGGAGAAUAAAGCCUUAUGGGCGCUUAAAUUUCUGAAUUUUGAUCCUUCUGAAACUCAAAAUAAGCGUAGAAGGCAAAUGUUGGAACUUAAAGAGAUGUGGUUGCAUGCAUAUGAUUCAUCCAGAAACUACAAAGAAAAGGUAAAAUUCUAUCAUGACAGGAAGUGGAUAAAGAAAUUUUUCAACCUAGAUGGAUAUUCUGGAUAUAAUCAAAUUGUGGUAGAUCCAAAAGACCAGGAGAAGACAACAUUUACGUGUCCAUUUGGUGUAUUUGCUUACAGAAAGAUUCCAUUUGGGUUAUGUAAUGCUCCAGCUACAUUUCAAAGGUGUAUGCAGGCAAUAUUUGUAGAUCUCAUAGAGAAGUGUAUCGAAGUCUUCAUGGAUGUUUUUUCGGUGUUUGGAGAUUCUUUCCAAAGGUGUUUGGCAAAUCUGGAUAUUGUCCUCAAGAGAUGUGUUCAAACGAAUCUUGUGCUUAAUUGGGAGAAAUGUCAUUUCAUGGUAACAGAAGGAAUUGUGUUGGGUCACAAGAUUUCUGCUAGGGGGAUUGAAGUGGAUAAAGCCAAAGUAGAAGUUAUUGAGAAGCUUCCACCAUCGACAAAUGUGAAGGGGAUUAGAAGUUUUUUAGGCCAUGUUGGGUUUUAUAGAAGAUUUAUUAAAGACUUCUCGAAGAUUGCUAAACCAUUGAGUAAUUUGCUAGUUAAAGAUAGGCCUUUUGUGAUGAAUGAAGAAUGUUUAAAAGCUUUUAUAUUUUGGAAAGCCAAAUUGGUGUCAGCCCUAGUGAUUGUAGCUCCAGAUUGGAAUCAAAAUUUUGAACUAAUGUGUGAUGCCAAUGAUUAUGCAAUAGGAGCUAUGCUUGGUCAGAGAAAAGAGAAAGUAUUUCAUACUAUCUAUUACGCAAAUGGAUAUUCUGGUUACAAUCAAAUUGUGGUAGACCCAAAAGAUCAAGAAAAGAUUGCAUUUACACGUCCUUUUGGUGUUUUUGCUUAUAGAAAGAUGCCAUUUGGAUUAUGUAAUGCCUCAGCCAUAUUUCAAAGGUGUAUGCAGGCAAUUUUUUCAGAUCUCAUGGAAAAGUGCAUUGAAGUUUUCAUGGAUGAUUUCUCUGUCUUUGGAGAUUCCUUUCAUAAGUGUUUGAUGAAUCUGGAUACUGUUCUCAAAAGAUGUGUUCAGACGAAUUUGGUAUUUAAUUGGGAGAAAUGUCAUUUUAUGGUAAUAGAAGGAAUUGUGUUGGGGCAUAAGAUUUCUACUAAAGGGAUUGAAGUAGACAAAGCUAAAGUAGAGGUUAUUGAGAAACUUCCUCCACCAACAAAUGUGAAGGAAAUCAGAAGCUUCUUAGGCCAUGCGGGAUUCUAUAGAAGAUUUAUUAAAGAUUUCUCAAAAAUUGCAAAACCAUUGAGUAAUUUGUUGGUUAAAGAUAUACCUUUUGUGAUGAAUGAUGAAUGUUUGAAAGCUUUUGAUACAUUGAAAAGCAGAUUGAUUUCGACCCCAGUGAUUAUAGCCCCAUAUUGGAAUCAAAAUUUUGAAUUAAUGUGUGAUGCUAGUGAUUAUGCAAUAGGAGUUGUCCUUGGUCAGAGAAAAGGGAAGGUAUUUCAUACUAUCUAUUAUGCUAGCAAAGUGUUGAAUGAUGCCCAGUUAAAUUAUGCUACCACUGAGAAGGAGUUUCUAGCCAUAGUUUAUGCUUUAGAGAAAUUCAGAUCUUAUCUCAUAGGGUCUAAGGUGAUUAUCUACACAGAUCAUUCAGCUAUAAAAUAUUUGUUGAGAAAGCCAGAUUCUAAACCGCGACCAUUUCCACCAUCUUUCAACAAUGAAUACAUUUUGGUGGCGGUAGAUUAUGUGAGUAAAUGGGUAGAAGCAUUGGCGUGUCCUAAAAAUGAUGCAAGCACUAUGAUUAAAUUUCUAAAGAAGAAAAUAUUUGCACGCUUUGGAACUCCUAGAGUACUCAUUAGUGAUGGAGGAUCUCAUUUUUGUAAUUAUCAGCUUUCUAAGACUAAUGGGCAAGCUGAAGUAUCUAACAGAGAAAUCAAGCGAAUAUUGGAGAAAACAGUUGCUAUGUCAAGAAAGGAUUGGUCACAUAAACUUGAUGAUGCUCUCUGGGCAUACAGGACUGCAAUGAAGACAUUUAUGGGUUUAUCACCUUAUCAGCUUGUCUAUGGGAAAGCAUGUCAUUUACCAGUGGAGAUGGAGANUGGGAAGCUGUGGUUGCAAAGUUUUUAA